AUAGGUUUUACAAGCAUCUUGAUAAAUGUCAGGCGCGUGUAUAUCGUGAAUUACAAGAUGGUAUCGAUCAGUUAAUUGGUGACUGUGAGGAACCAAAGUUGAUUAACAACUUUGACGAAAUUUCAACGAUUAUUAUUGCACGGGCAGUAGCAGUUGUCUUUGUUGGCGAAGAAUUUUGCAAGGACGAGGAAAUUAUCAAAAUGUUUGCGACGUUUGCUAAUACCCUAACACAAGUCGUAAAGCUUUCUUUAAUCGCGUUCUUCAUUCAUCCUCGUCUCCAAACGGAAUACAUCAAAUUAGUCUUUAAAUAUGGUACCAAUUCGCCCAAAAAACAUAAGGACCUUUUGAUAAGGAAGUUGAAGCCUAUUUUCGAGAAUCGUUAUCAGGACAUGCAACGGUUUGGAGAUGAAUGGAAGCGUCCUGACGAUCUAAUUCAACUCCUUUUGGAACAGUCCAUUAACUUGUUUGGUAAAAUUCACUAUGACUGCAUAACAUGUUAUAUGCUAACGCUCAUAUGGGCUUCGAUCCAUACUACCAGCAUGAAUCUUUUAGGCACGCUCAAUGAUUACGCAGGAAGGCCCGAGUACUGGAAUGAUUUGAGAAAAGAACAAGAAGCCGUAGCAGGUGGUCUUGAUUUCGAUUUGACUAUGCAGCAAAUAGACCGAAUGGAGAAAUUAGAUAGUUUUAUCAAAGAGUCUAAUCGUCUGAUGGGGCAUGCCG